GCAUGGCCAUGUGUGCGGAGAGAGUUUCAUCAGUUGUGAUCCUUUCUGUCCUGCUGUGUGUAGUGGUCAGUUUUCCGCCAGGUGUACUGACCACCCCGCUGGACGACUACGUCCACAAGCCGGACCCUCACUACUCCUACCACGAGGUGUUGGAAUGGCGUCUGAAGGGUCCCGGUUACACCAUGUACCUCCUCAACAUGACCUCACAACAAUGGCUCACAGAAGAUGAAGUUGACCGUUCCAUCUGGUGGCACUACCUGACCGUCACUAUCCCAGACAACAUCACCCACCCUGAGGCCGCAUUGUUGUUUCUAGAGUACGGUGAUAAUACGGAUAGACUUCCCGGUUAUGACGACAACUUCAUCGCCCCGACCAGAAUGGUUGCGUUGUCAACAGGAAGUGUCAGCGCGGACUUGAAACAGGUACCGAACCAGCCCAUCGUGUUUAAGAAUGAUUCACUACAAAAGAGCCGAGUUGAAGACGCUAUCAUCGCGUACACGUGGAGACACUUCCUGGACUACCCGGACCAGCCAGACUGGCUGCUCAGGAACCCGAUGACAAAGGCAGCUGUCCGGGCGAUGGACACAGUGCAAGACUUCGUAAACAGAAUGACGGGGAAUCAGCCGGAGAAGUUCAUGGUAGCAGGGGAGUCAAAGCGCGGUUGGACCACGUGGACCACUGGUGCGGUAGACAAGAGGGUGUUUGCUAUAGCCCCUAUUGUCAUGGACCUUUUGAACAUGAAGGCGAAUCUGCACCACUUUUACCGAGCGCUAGGAGGCUGGACGUUUGCCUUUGAUGACUACUAUGCCGAGAACAUCACCAGCCGACUGGAUGAUCCAAAUCUCGAAAAACUAGCAGCUAUCGUCGACCCACUCGCAUACAAGGAUCGUCUGACAAUGCCUAAGUACAUCAUUGGAACGGGAGGUGACGAGUUCUUCAUGCCGGAUGAUUCCUACUACUACUGGGACCAGUUAGAAGGAGAGAAAUAUAGAAGAUGGAUACCGAAUGCUGAACACUCUAUUGACGGUCAUGAAAUCAGCCUGUUCUUUAGUUUGGGAGCAUUUUUCCUCAGUGUCGUGGAGGACUCGCCGCGACCAAAGAUGACAUGGACGAGAGAAACGGGUACAAAAAGUGGAAGAAUAAUGCUACAUACUGAUAUCAAACCCAUGACCAUUCGGUCUUUCCACGCUCGCACACUUGACGGUAAAAGACGUGACUUUCGUCUCGUGAAUCAGCCGCCAGGACAGACGGAACCACAGCCUCAUCCCGUCAUCUGGCUGCCUGAGGACGUACAGGAUAUGGGUAAUGGAACGUACGUUGCAGAGUUUGAUAUUCCCGCUGUGGGGUGGCUGGCGUUCUUUAUACAGGCCACAUUCCCGGCUCCCCAUGGAACUGCUCUUGAGUUCACCACCGAGGUGCACAUCAUUCCGGAGACAUUCCCCUUCCCAGACUGCCACGGGACUGACUGCAGGGGGACUCUUCUCUAAACUGUCACCUGGGUCACCUUUAUCCGACGUCUGUCAAAUCCAGAUGCUUUAAUAUCAUGUAUUUUGAUACAACGGAUUUAGGUUACCCCGUAGAUAUAUGUGAACUAGCAUCAUCUGUUUCUGAAAGCACUCAGGCUUUUUACACACUUUAUAAAACACGUUGUCUGUACUAUAGAAUACCUCUUUAAAUCCAUAUUACCCAUAUUGAGGAAUAUGGCUGAUAACAUUAAGUUGGUACU